CUCAAGCAAUCUGCCUGCCUCAGCCUCCCAAAGUGCUGGAAUUACAGGCAUGGGCCACCGCGCCGGGUCUGAAACCAAUUGCCUUUGAAUUCAUUCUGGGGAAUCUGCUGAAGUGGACACUUCAUGUAAACACAAAAACAUCCUAAUUAAUGGCUGCCUCAAUGGGAGUGGCAGACAAAACACAUGGGUGAACUUUUCGUCGAAAGCAUGCAAGGAAAAAAAUCUCUCAUAUCUUUUGUAGUUGCUAAUAACUUAAUUCACACAUUUGUAUGUGUGUGUGUGUACAAUUCUCAGUACCACAAAGAGGAAGUGCUUUUUCUCCUUCCUUUAACAAAAAGUUCCAGUUCAAACCAUCAGCCUCUGUAGGUUGUCUUAAUUGCUACUUUGCACUGCACUGGACUAUGACUGAUUUUUGGCACAUGCUAUCAUACACAAAGUUCCUAAAAUAAAAUGCUCCAGGAUAUCCUAGGAACUCUUAGAAGGCUUUAAAAAGGGACUCACACACUGAAAGAAUAUCUUUGAUGAAGACAAUUCAGGCAAGCAGAAUGAUUCUUGCAACAGAAUUACAUGAUUAAUUGAGAUCUUGAAGUGCGUCCGGCGAAUCCUGGCCACCUAACUUAUCAUGAUUUGGGGGAGUUUCACAAGAAUCCAGUUUUGAUAAAACAAUUGUUUUUUUCCUCCCCAAGUGACUAUACAUUUAAAUAGCUAAAACAUCUGUUCAGCAACAUACUAAAACAUGUAUACUCGGAACGCUUGAGAGAAGAGCCUGCCAAACAAUCGGUUGAGAGGGACUUUGCUGAGGGAGAGCACCAAGAUAAAGCAACACUGUUUUGUCUAGUCAGGGGGAAAGACAAGGCAACCAAUAUUUUGGAUUUUAUAAUUUUCAUUUGUGAAGAAUUAUUUGAGAAAGGGUGGCGAGGGGAGAUUUCCUGACGGGAGACUUUUAAGCUGUCCAUUAGUAGAAGAGCAAGAGAGCCUUGGAUGUCAACGCCUCGGUCUUGAGACCAGCCACCAAACCACGAAAAGUGACUUUCUUCUCGUGUGUUCUCUACGACCCUUCUGAUGGAAGCAGAAACAGGGAGCGGUGUGGAGACUGGAAAGAGGGCCAACAGAGGCAUUCGAAUUGCCCUGGCCGUGUUUGUUGGUGGCACCCUAGUUCUGGGCACGAUCCUCUUUCUAGUGAGUCAAGGAUUCUUAAGUCUCCAAGCUAAACAGGAGUACUGCCUGGAGCCAGAAUGCAUCGAAGCUGCUGCUGCCAUCUUAAGUAAAGUAAAUCUGUCUGUGGAUCCUUGUGAUAAUUUCUUCCGGUUCGCUUGUGAUGGCUGGAUAAGCAAUAAUCCAAUUCCCGAAGAUAUGCCAAGCUAUGGGGUUUAUCCUUGGCUGAGACAUAAUGUUGACCUCAAGUUGAAGGCACUUUUGGAGAAAUCAAUCAGUAGAAGACGGGACACCGAAGCCAUACAGAAAGCCAAAAUCCUUUAUUUAUCCUGCAUGAAUGAGAAAGCCAUUGAAAAAGCCGAUGCCAAGCCACUGCUACACAUCCUACGGCAUUCACCUUUCCGCUGGCCCGUGCUUGAAUCUAAUAUUGGUCCUGAAGGGGUUUGGUCAGAGAGAAAGUUCAGCCUUCUACAGACACUUGCAACAUUUCGUGGUCAAUACAGCAAUUCCGUGUUCAUCCGUUUGUAUGUGUCCCCUGAUGACAAGGCAUCCAAUGAACAUAUCUUGAAGCUGGACCAAGCGACACUCUCCCUAGCUGUGAGGGAAGACUACCUUGAUAACAGUACAGAAGCCAAGUCUUAUCGGGAUGCCCUUUACAAGUUCAUGGUGGAUACUGCUGUGCUUUUAGGAGCUAACAGUUCCAGAGCAGAGCAUGACAUGAAGUCAGUGCUUAGAUUGGAAAUUAAGAUAGCUGAGAUAAUGAUUCCACAUGAAAACCGAACUAGUGAGGCCAUGUACAACAAAAUGAACAUUUCUGAACUGAGUGCUAUGAUUCCCCAGUUCGACUGGCUGGGCUACAUCAAGAAGGUCAUUGACACGAGACUCUACCCCCACCUGAAAGACAUCGGCCCCUCAGAGAACGUGGUGGUUCGCGUCCCUCAGUACUUUAAAGAUUUGUUUAGGAUAUUAGGGUCCGAGAGGAAGAAGACCAUUGCCAACUAUUUGGUGUGGAGAAUGGUUUAUUCCAGAAUUCCAAACCUUAGCAGACGCUUUCAGUAUAGAUGGCUGGAAUUCUCAAGGGUAAUCCAGGGGACCACAACUUUGCUGCCUCAAUGGGACAAAUGUGUUAACUUUAUUGAAAGCGCCCUCCCUUAUGUUGUUGGAAAGAUGUUUGUAGAUGUGCACUUCCAGAAAGAUAAGAAGGAGAUGAUGGAGGAAUUGAUUGAGGGCGUUCGCUGGGCCUUUAUUGACAUGCUAGAGAAAGAAAAUGAGUGGAUGGAUGCAGGGACGAAAAGGAAAGCCAAAGAAAAGGCGAGAGCUGUUUUGGCAAAAGUUGGCUAUCCAGAGUUUAUAAUGAAUGACACCCAUGUUAAUGAAGACCUCAAAACAAUCAAGUUUUCAGAAUCCGACUACUUUGGCAAUGUCCUUCAAACUCGGAAGUAUUUAGCACAGUCUGAUUUCUUCUGGCUAAGAAAAGCCGUUCCAAAAACAGAGUGGUUUACAAAUCCCACGACUGUCAAUGCCUUCUACAGCGCAUCCACCAACCAGAUCCGAUUUCCAGCAGGAGAGCUCCAGAAGCCUUUCUUUUGGGGAACAGAAUAUCCUCGAUCUCUGAGUUAUGGUGCUAUAGGAGUAAUUGUUGGACAUGAAUUUACACAUGGAUUUGAUAAUAAUGGUAGAAAAUAUGAUAAAAAUGGAAACCUGGAUCCUUGGUGGUCUACUGAAUCAGAAGAAAAGUUUAAGGAAAAAACAAAGUGUAUGAUUAACCAGUAUAGCAACUAUUAUUGGAAGAAAGCUGGCUUAAAUGUAAAGGGGAAGAGGACCCUGGGAGAAAAUAUUGCUGAUAAUGGAGGCCUGCGGGAAGCUUUUAGGGCUUACAGGAAAUGGAUAAAUGACAGAAGGCAGGGAGUUGAGGAGCCUCUUCUACCAGGCAUUCCAUUCACCAACAACCAGCUCUUCUUCCUGAGUUAUGCUCAUGUGAGGUGCAAUUCCUACAGACCAGAAGCUGCCCGAGAACAAGUCCAAAUUGGCGCUCACAGCCCCCCUCAGUUUAGGGUCAAUGGUGCAAUUAGUAACUUUGAAGAAUUCCAGAAAGCUUUUAACUGUCCACCCAAUUCCACAAUGAACAGAGACAUCGACUCCUGCCGACUCUGGUAGCUGGGACACUGGUUUAUGGCAUCCUGAGACAGUUGCACAGUGCCAGCGGAGGCUGCACUGAGCCGUCAUCACCCAUUGCUUUAGGCCUGAAGACUUUCAUUUGUAGUGCAUUUUCAUUAUUUGGGUAGAUGACCUGCUUGGAUCUAGACAGUAUCUAUUUAAAGCUGUAGGGCUUAUAAAAUGGAAUACAAGAAUGAACCAAGUAUGUUUCUUUAGAAAACCAAACCAACAAAAAUCUCUAGGCUACUUUUGUUAAAAUGCUAUCUGUUAAAUUGUUGCUAUUGUUCAGUUUAGUGUGUUAGCCACAGUUAUGUGGUACAUACCAUUUCAAUCUGUAGCUUUGUAAAGUUCAGUCUAUUAAACUUGUAACCGCUCAGUGAUGAAGACAUGUGCAUGAAUACCUGGGAGGUCUUGCUGCUCUGUGGCAUGCAGUGCAAGAUUUUAUGGACAGUAAUUACAAAGCAUUUCUCAACUCUAAGGUAGUUAAAUGAGAAAUAUGUUUGAUCUCCAUUUUACAAUUUUUGAUGAAGUUUUUGCCUCAGCUUUGGAGUCUAUUGGAAUGAAAACGUGUCUCACAGCUUGCAUCUGAUGUAGCAGAUUGCCCCGUUCAAGUUAGCAUGAACAAAGCUGGCAGAAAGGCUACUAGGUAAAGGAUUUGAGUUUAUUAAAUAGAAAAAAGGGAAUGAGGAUGUAUCUUUAGGUCCCAGAGUAAGUAAAGCCUCCUAGUUACAUAACAGCAGGGAAACUAGGAGAUAAAAUUUUGUCUCAUCUGUAUGAACUGUGCAAUGAUUGUCUAUGUGCUAGAUACUUUUUUAAAAGCCUAAUUCUUGUUUGUUUCAUAACCUUCCUAUGUGUGCAUUGUCCUGGUUCUGAAAUGAACAGAUUUGAGAAAAGAAUUUUCUGAUUCUCCAUUAGGAACAUAUGACUUUCAUUUCCCUUUAGUGCAAAGGAACAAACAUCGCAUUGAGGAGGGAGAAAAGAGCCCUUCUGUUUCAGCUUAAUGUUACCUCUCUUUAAAAAAAACCUUUUUGAAAAGUUUCUAGAUGACAUUUUAGAAUUUUGAAAAGUUUCUAGAUGACAUUUUAGAAUUUAUUGAUUCAACUUAAAAUUACCUGCAUAGUCCAAAUAAACAAAAUUGUUACUCUUCAAGUCAUGUGAAGAGUUGUGAGAAAGAGCAGUACUAUGUGUUUUAUCCUUAGAGCAUUAUCCUGACAAGUGAACCACUUUGUUUCUUAUUAGUGAGAGAGAAAGUGUGUGUGUGUGUGUGUGUGUGUGUGUGUGUGAGUGUGUGUGUGUGUGUGUGUGUAGGAUAAAAUUGUAAUGGCCUUAAAGUUCUUACUUGGCAUUUCUGGUUUCUUAAAAUAGGCAUCCCCACACUCCCUUUACAUUAUUCGUUAUACAUAAGCUGCUGGGUUAAGUGGGCCAAUUGGAAAAUCUCAAAAGCAAAACGACAAGUUCAGAUUAACCACAGGAAGCCAUUGUGUAUCCCUGUGAUUUGUGAUUUUUUAAAAAUAUAUAAGUGUGUGCCAUGGCCUUUUGUAGCCAUGGGAACAUCUGAAGGGAGAAAAAUGGAGGGGCACCAUCAUGAGGAAACAAUUAUACUGCAUUAGUCAGAGGAGAGCAAUUUUCACCUUGACUUCUUCCUCUCUGAAUGGAUAAACUUGUGAAGGGCAGCUACCUUUUCCUCCUCUUAACCUGGCUUCAUGUGACCUUAGUUUGUAUUUCUAAAAACAAGCAGUAUGAGGUUAGGGGUGCUGGAAAUGUAUGUGUCUUUUCUCUGGAGGAAGGAGUCUGACUUGGUUUAGACAUAUGAGAUUAUCUUUGUUUUAUUCCUGCACUUGGGUGUUUAAAAUCAGCUGAGGUUUAUUAUGCCAAUAUGAAUAGUGUUUCUCUUCUAGAUUUCCUUUAGAAACUCCAAAAAAACACAUUCCUGCAGGUCAGAGAAAGUGUUUGAUAAAAGCAUAGAAUUAUGGCUUUGGAAAUAGAAAUUAAGUCAUUUGUUGGUUUAGCAAAACUGCUUGGUGAUUAGUUGGGGCCCUCACAGUUUCUAGAUGAGAAAGUUUUCUUAUCCUGAUUAACUUUAAUUGCUGUAACUCAGUUAUACUGAUAAUUGCAGAUAGGCUGUCCACUACUAAAUCAAACUAAAUAAAACAACAAACGAAAAGCAGCAAUACCAAAUCAUCACUACUAGCUAGAACAAUUAGAAGGAUUGAAUUUCCAAAUAUAUGCUUAUGUUUAACUCUUCCAAUCACAUUCUCAUCGUCCUUUCUCUUGGAUACAGAUUGCUAAGAUAAACAGACACUGAUUAACUGUCAGAAAGAGAAAGGUAAAAUGCAACUGGAAGGGAAAGAAAAAAGUAGGAAGAAGCUGGCCUAUGGAUGUGGCUCUGAAAAGAAGACAAGAUUUUGGCAAUCCUUGCUAAGCACAUUCAUUGGAGUAGAGCUAUAAAGUUUUACAAAAAUAAUUAUGGUAAAUUAAAAGGAAAUUAGAUGUUGGAUCUCAGACUAGGGCUGCAGUUCUCUUAUUCACAUACCAGAUGUUCUGCCAGUGAACUAUUGUCUGGGCAUUGGAAGGAGUUAGUUAGUUUUUUGUGUGUGUGAAAAUCUCCUAGAUUAGUAAAAAAAUUUUCUAGAUAUAAAGUGGUUUUAUUUGGGCUCAUCACCAUUGCCCAAAGUGUACUGAACCUUUCACCAAGUCAGCAUUGGCCUCCUGUUCUCAUUUAUUCAUUUUAUGAGAUGGACUUGGACAUAACUAAUGCAAACAGGAUUCAUAAAUUAUCCUGAAGUUUAUUUAGUGCCUUGCCUCAAUGAAGCUUAAAGCAUAGCACAUAAAUUUUAUCUUAUUUAGCCCUGGAGCAUCACUAAGAAGCAGCUAGGAGCUAUGACUUGCCAGACAGAUUAUGCUUGUGCCAGAGAAGUGGAGAAGCCUGAAAUCUCUUGUUAAGUAUCCCACAGGAAGGAAAAGCAGUCUUUGGCCUUUGGUCUACUGACCUGUGGAUUAACCUCCAUCCCUUAGAUUAUCCCAUUUCUAAAUACAUUUCUUCAAUCAGUAUUUCUGUAAUCACUUAACAUUUGAUAGGCUUCUUCCUGGAUACAUUUAACAUAAGGCCUCAGUUGCAUAUUAAAUUACGGAAGAAUAUACAAUUGCUUCAUACAAUAUUCUCUUCACCAGUGACGGUGUCCCUCUGAUUUGAAGAAGGGUAUUCUUGGAUUUUAUAUCUAAAUGGUUAUUGUGAGACUGGUUGUAUUUUCUUCUCCUACUUAUGAAACAAUGGAACAGUCAUUCUAAGUACAAUAAAAAGUUGGUUGAA